AUUUUCAGAGAGGAAUAAGAGAGAGAGGCAAAAAACCAAAGCACUGGAAACCGCAAAACAAAAAUAAAAGCAGCAAAAAGGAAGUUCCUUUUGGUUUUAACUCAGAUCAUUUUCCAGUUCUUGAAGCUGUAACAAUGGCUGGAAUCAUUGAAAUCCUCAAGCUCGAAGCUUGGAGUAUAUUGUAGAAGAGGAAGAGACAAAAGAAACUUCUUUUCGCUUCUUCGUUCCUAUUUUUUUCUGGGUUCUUUUCUCUGUCUCUUCCUUUUUUUUUUCUUGAUCGAGAAAUGGGAUGCCGGAGUAUGAUCGCCGGAAACUUGGACCCCGAGCGGAAACAGAGUGGCGGACUCAGAACGAGACAGGCCGGACGAGGAUCUUGUCGUGGAAGUUAGUUCUGUUCAUCACUCCAUUCCAAAAAAAAAGUUCCUUUAAGAGAAUUUUGAUUUUUCACUGUUGUUGCUGAAAAUCGUUCUUGUCCGGAGAGAGAGAGAGAAGACAUGGGGGUGUUGCUGAGAGAAGCAUUGAGAACGGUUUGCGUGAACAACCAGUGGUCUUACGCUGUUUUUUGGAAGAUCGGCUGUCAAAAUGCUAGCUUGCUGAUUUGGGAGGAAUGUUACCACGAGACGACAGUGAGCUCACUUCCUCCAAGAAUUUCUGGAUUUAGCCCUUCCCAUGUCAGCACCAGAGGGAGCGAGAAAAUUCCUCUUUUGACGAAUCGAAUGAUGUUGAACAGUCGGAUUGUUCUUGUAGGUGAAGGAUUAGUCGGUCGAGCUGCCUUUGCAGGGCACCAUCAGUGGAUUCUAGCCAACAGAUUUAACCGUGAUGUUCAUCCCCCUGAGGUUAUAAACGAGAUGCUUCUCCAAUUCUCGGCUGGUAUUCAGACUGUUGCAGUUGUUCCGGUCCUCCCACACGGGAUUGUUCAACUCGGUUCUUCUUUGCCUAUAAUGGAGAGCUUGGGUUUCGUAAACGACGUGAAGCGUCUUAUCCUGCAACUCGGAUGUGUUCCCGGAGCUCUUCUGUCUGAAACUUACAGGACAGAAGAAGGAUCUGCAGAUUUGAUCGGAGUUCCUGUUUCCCGGAUAAUACCGUCGCAAGAACACAAUGUCCUAACUGAGACUAGCAGACAGCAUUUCAACUCGUCUGAACCAAACCUUCGAGGUUAUCUUGUCGAUGAACGAGAAAUCAGAAGCAGGCCAUCGGAAGAAUGGGAAAACACAUCAUGUAUUCUGGCAGGUGGAGUUGUAUCUUCAAACCCUGACAUGUGGCUCAACGGAAUGUUUUCUUCUACUUUUGACACCGGGGUGGAGCAACAGAUUCUGCCAUACCCGCCCGGGACUCGAGAAAACGACAACAUGACAAAGGAGUGCUCGGUUAUUGAAGUAUGCGGUGAUAUCAUUUCCAAGAACUCGCCCGGAAGUGGAAGUGACUUGUUUGAUAUUUUGGGUUUGGAUCACAAGAAGAAAGGGUUUGAUGACGGUUGGAGUGUUUCGCAGAUUGAUGGACCCAACACAAAGACAGAAAUGGGUUCCGGGAUUUUUUCAGGAUACGAGGUUUCGGGGACAGAUCAUCUCUUAGAUGCUGUGGUCUCGGGAGCUUGCUCGUCUUCCAAACAGAUUUCAGAUGAUACUUCUGAAUCUUGUAGAACCACUUUAACCAAAGUUAGUAACUGCUCAGUUAACACUAGAGCCAAGAACAGCUUUCAUGGCGACUUUUCGGAGAUCCUGAAGACAGAAAAGAAACACGGGUCUGGUAAUGAUCAUAGUUUGGGUGGUUGUUCUCAGACAACAUCGAUUUACGGGUCUCAGAUCAGUUCUUGGGUUGAACAAUCACACGGCUGGGAGCAUCAGGGAAGUGUAUCCAAAGGGUAUUCCAGGAUGAAUAAAAACGAGAACCCGAAACCAGCGAACCGUAAAAGGCUUAAACCGGGAGAAAACCCGAGACCUAGACCUAAGGAUCGGCAGAUGAUCCAAGACCGUGUCAAGGAGCUGCGAGAAAUCAUACCCAACGGGGCAAAAUGCAGUAUAGACGCGCUUCUGGAACGUACGAUCAAACACAUGCUGUUCUUGCAAAAUGUAACGAAGCAUACCGAUAAGCUGAAACAACAAACCGGAGAAUCCACCAAGAUGACGAAGGAAGGAGGGGCAACGUGGGCAUUCGAAGUCGGGACACAGUCUUUGAUCUGUCCGAUCGUUGUAGAGGAUCUAAACCCGCCUCGCUGUUUCCAAGUCGAGAUGCUGUGCGAACAACGCGGAUUCUUCCUGGAAAUCGCUGAUUGGAUCAGAAGCUUAGGAGUAACCAUCUUGAAGGGUGCCAUGGAAACUCGUAACGACAAGAUCUGGGCACGGUUCGCUGUCGAGGCCAACCGGGAUGUGACAAGAAUGGAGAUGUUCAUGCAACUGGUGAAUGUUUUCGAGCAGAGGAUGAAAUGCGUUGGAGGAGCUACCAACAACACAUUGGAUGGUAUUAACGACUCGAUGCCCAUGAACGGUUUGUCACAAACCGCCUUAACCGGGGGAUGUUCAGUGUAGGAGAAAACCAGACCGAACCGAUCCGGUUUGGUUUUGUCUGGCUGUAAAAUGGGUUACGAGCGAGUCGUGGGUCUGGGGUUUUGGGUGGGUGACUCGCUAUGAGUAACAAAGUUCCUGUCUGAUCCGUAAACACCCGUUUGAGGUUUUUGUUUGUAUAUGUUUUGUUCUUUUGAGGGGUUUUCUGUUAUAAGGUCUUUUUUUUUAUUUAAAAAAAAAUACUUUUACUUAUUUUGACGGUUUAAUUCCAUGAAUUUGAUGCGGUUGUUGAGUUUUGGUUGAA